AAUUCCUAAUUCAGAAAGAGUAAAAAAGAAACAAAAUUCAAAAUACUGGGAUCAUGUCGAAGGGAACAGGACCUCUCUCUAAACUGUAUAAUGCCGUAAUCAAUUCCGUUGACAAAGUAGUGCCACAAGCUGUACGCCCAUUAUGGGAAUCACCGGCAGGUCCAAAGACUGUUUUCUUUUGGGGGCCAUUGGGCAAAUGGCUCUUGGUUUUGGCUGGCAUUGGCGAUAUCGUGAAACGACCUCCUCAAAAUGUGUCCCUCAAUCAGUCGGGGGUCCUGGCCGCAACCGGUUUAAUUUGGUCCCGAUACUCCGUUGUUAUUAUUCCUAAAAACUACAGCCUCCUGGCCGCGAAUUUUGUUGUAUUCCUAACACAAGGAUUUCUCAUUGCAAAACAUCUGAAAUGGCGUAGUGAAAAUCCGAAAAAUGCCUUUUAUCAACAUUCCCAAUCCCCAUUCAGCUUAGGUGACGACCAGUAGACAGGCAUUUAAUAAUAUUUAAAAAAGAUAGUUGGAUAAUAUAUAUAUAAAUAUACCCGCUAAUAUAUAUAUUUAUUAUUCAUUUCACUUUUAAGUUGAUGAUGAACUACAGUGCCUUUUAUUAUAUGGAUCCAUUC